UCUCUUGUCCUUUCUCUGCUUUUCCUAAGCCGAUCCCAUCGCCUUCUUGCUUUGUUCCUGUUCUUAUUUAUCUGAUCCUUUUGGUGUUAGGGUUUUUCUUCUAAAUCUCAAUCGAUCCAAAACAAAUACGGAAACAAUAGAAAAAUAGGGUCUUUUUCUCUAACAAAAUUUAGGGUUUACGAAGAGCAUAGGAAGAUAAUAUGCCUUCGUUACCCUUCGAAUCGAUUUUUCUCCCUUUGAUCCCUUCUUUGACCCAUUUUCAUGCCGGUUUAUGUUUGUGUUCCCAUCGUUUGAAACAUCUUCAAAAGAGCGAUCGUCGUGGGAUCUAGUUUGUUUAGAAGAUCCGGGGAUUGGUUUCGAUCGUGAUCUGGAGUUUGCUCUUUCCAGUGGUUUAAAGGUCUUCAAUUGAUUCCGGUAGCCGUCUUUAAGAAAGCUAACUAGGACUUCUUUGUAUUCUCUGGUAUCAUAAAAGGACAUGUUGGAUUCUAAAGAGGUAGAUGAUUUAAGUGGCAUUAAACAGGCAAUAGAUCAUGCUUGCUUGAAUGAAUUUGAUGGCGGCAAUACGAGUGAUGUGGACGAUUUACGUGCUCAGGGAUAUCAAAGGAAACCUCCAAUGAAGUGUCUAGGCAAUUCUGCAUCAUUUCCUUCAGGUGUCUCGCUUCCCGAAGAUGAUGAUAUUGAAACUUCGUUGAGAUGGAUAUUCUCCGAGGACUCCGUGCAAUCACCUUGCCCUCCUUCAAUUUCUUUGCCGUCUCCAUUAAAGCUAGUGUCUGCCCUUAAAGGCAGCCGUGAGAAACAGGGUUUACCAACAAAAGAGCUUAGAGUAACAUGGGCCCCUGAUGUGUAUGAUCCUCUCCCGACUUCUGUAUUGCAUACAGUUAGCCGCAAAAAGCAGCAGAAGUCAAAGAAGAUCUAUGACAAGAAGAAAAAUGGGAAGAAAGUGAAGAAGGGCAACAACUCCUCCCGUGGUGGCAGUGGUGGCAGUAAAACCAACAAACACUUCCGUAGAGGCUUUACGAGUUCGGAUAGGUGGUAUGACUAUAAACCACUCGAGGUCGACUCCUCAGGCAACCUUAAUGUUUUUAAGGUUGGUAGUACAGACCCCUAUUGUGGUACCAGUUUUCUGAAAACAUCACCAACUACGAUGCACUACUCUGUCGCCGAGGUCCUAUGAGUAAGGCCUUUGGUUUUUUCUGACCCAUGUAGAUAAAUAAAACCUUUUUCACUGCAUUCUCUGGGAUUAAAAUUUGAAAGGUUGAUUUUAGUUGCGAUUAUGUUAUCGUAUUCUUAUUGUUAUGUUGUGGGUUUGAAAA